CAGUGAAGCAGAGUGAGGCGAUAAAGGGAACUGCAAGUCUGAAUAGGCAACUUCGGGGCCAAAAAAAGGAAGAAGAAAAAGAAAGAAGGAAAAAGAUAUCUUAUUACCGUCGGUUGCCUUGACCACGUACGACCGACGACCCGUCAUCAUAUCCCUGUACUACUUGACUGACACGCUCCCCCCUUCUCUUGUUUCUCCAAGACACCACUGGUCCCCAGCCAAGCAGCGAUCCGCUCCUCCUCCCCCUUUCCUUUCCUCUUCCUUUUCUUUUCUUCUUUCUCCUCUUUAUUAUCCUCGCUCGACCCUCGAACGCUCAUUCCCCCCGUCUCAGUCGGCUGGUCCGCCCUGUUGCGCCGAGUCGGUAUCGUCGUCGGCACUCCACCUUCAUUUCCCCUUCUCUUUGUUCCCGGGCGCGUAUGACGGCCGUCAGUGUCCCUCUGGACUACUUGCCACCCAACCACCCUCCUUCUCGUGCAAACUCUUUCGCUUCUUCCAGUUCUCGUCCUCAGUCCUCGCACGGUCUCCUCUCCCGGUUCCCAUCUGGGAUGUCCACCCCUGCUGAGGACCCUUACCGUCUCUCUUACAUAGGCACAGAUCAUAUCCGCCACACCCCCGCUUAUUCUCUCUCCCAUACUGACCUCUCACCAGGCCAAUCACCCCCAAACAGCAAUCUUGCAAACCCCGCCCUCAAAGGUCACAUCAGACAGACUCAUCUCAGAGCCCGUGCCGCCACAUCUCCAUAUCCUCGCGACACAGAGAGCGUACACUCAUCCUCAAGCGAAGCAGACGAUAUCUCCAUGUACCUCGGCAAUUCUUCUGAUUACCCUCCCAUGUACGGGCAUGGCCAUCCCAUGCCCACCAGUCAUCAAGAUACCAUGCACACCGCAGGAGGCACUUUUGGGAGGAUGUCAAUCAGUCCAGACCACGCUCUCGAAAAAUUGGCUAUGAACGUCCGCACCGCCACUACAACCAGUGCGUCCGACAGGGCAAAGCAGAUUUUCGUGCAGGCUUGGUUGACUGCCAAUUAUGCACCCUACCCCGACGGCAAUGUACCCCGUCAGGGUCUCUAUUUUUCCUAUCGUCGCGUCUGCGACCAGUACGGGAUCCCUCAUAUAAACACUGCUACGCUUGGUAAAGCGAUCAGGCUGUGUUUCCCAAACAUCAAGACACGCCGUCUCGGUGUACGCGGAAAUAGCAAAUAUCACUAUUGCGGCAUUCGACCAGCUACCUCAACAGAAGCGGAGUUCCUUCAGGAUUACAUUCGCAAGUCCAACAACAACGCGGGGCAGUCGUCUAUUAAUGCUGCUCGUGCCGCGCAGGAAUCCACAGAGAAUGCAAACAAGGGUGAGGAGCGGUCAGAUGAAGACGAAGACGAGGAUUCAGAAGGAUCCAGCGCCUCUAAGCGGAACUCUCUCGCUCUCUCCGGAGAUCUCAAAGGCAGCCUUCCGUACGACGAGUUAAGCGACAAAACACCCACCACCGGUAGUCUCCUUUCUCAGGCUCAAGCGUCUGUGAGAAACAACGCCUAUCCUAGUCACGCUUCAAUCCGCCGUCACACAAGCCAACCUGACCCCAGUCUCGCACCGCAACCAACGCUAUCACUAGGCGCAAAUGGUUCAUUUGUACACCCCAAACAAUAUCACUCCGUCCGCCUUAUGCCUCACUUUCCGUCCAUCGAGGAAGCCGUUGGAACCAACUCCGCUUCCCCGCAUAGCAUUGCCGCCAGGGAAGUCUGGAACUGGUUCCAGGAUCAUCUCGACGCAGUCUUAGACUGUGCCCGCGCUUUCCGAUUUGAUCAGUUUGAAAUAAACCUGCGCAAUUUUUGGUCAACUCUGUCUGGCAGCCACCGCGAGAUCGUGCAUGCACCAGCUAUUGCAGGCCUAAUGGCUAAGGCCGACGCGAUAGUCUAUGAUGAAAUUCUGGAGUUCCUCCGCUCACAAAUGCUGUCUCCCAUAUCUUCAACUUCCAUUGCCAGCCUCCGGCAGUUUGCCGGAAAAAUGGAGAAAAUUUUACUUCUUGCUCUUGAAGGCUACGGGAGUACCUUUAUGGAACCAAAAGUAGAGCUGGGGGCGCGCUUUGGACACCUUGUGUUGAGAUUCCUAGACAUUUAUCAGGUGACCCAGGCUCUCAACACAGUCCUUACGAAUCAAAAGCAACUUGCGGAGAUGCGACGUUCCUGGCAAAAGCUGGAUUUCGAGGCUGUUCGGAAUCAGUCAGCAUUAGUGUGCAACUGCCGCCAUGAGGAUCUCGUGCAACUCUUGGAAGUAGAGUUUGUGGCCAUGCUGGAUUCUCUCUCGAAGAGCAACGAGCCCGUCAGAGAAGUGAUGGCAUGGGCUGACAAAUGUACUGAAAGGCUUAUGGAGCAGCGCAUAGGCACGAGCGACGAAAGAGGCGCCUUGAGCUCGCGCAGUAUCCUUAUUCGAUGGGGAUAUGUAACUAGUCAGGUCAUGCGGGACCUUACUAUUAGAAGUGACCCCGCAUUCGGGGCUUUCCAGAUCCUGAAGCUGUUCCUCGACGAUUGGAUAGCGGUUAAUAUUUUGAGGAGUGUCGCGUUGUCCACCACAUCUGUGGCGGCUUCAGUGGAGCCUGUGAUACAACAAUUUUUCUCUCUUUCACCUAUGGCCGGCCAAGAAAGCUUUAGUGGGUUGGAAGCUCGAUCCCAACAGCACGCAAUCCAUCGUGCACCGACUACGUCGAGCAUGCUCGCUGCAUUGCAACAGGACCCAUUCCCCCCUGGCGCGCUGGAUACGUCAGCUCCCGGAUUCGGUUCUGAUGCGUACGGCAGCUUGAACUACAUGGAUGCCUCGGUUCCUCCCGACGACUCAAUAUCUUCUGUUCACCAAGCUGGUCUUUCUUUUUCCGAUUACGCUACAACCAACACGUUUGAUGUUGCGUCCUUCACCCCCCAAGACUUGAGCUUGGCGCCUGGCAAUACCACCGAACCAGAUCGCGAGGCUGAACCGAUUAAAGUGGAGACUGCCUCCUAAAUGUAUAGCCAAUUUCUCACUAAAAACUAUAUACCAAUCGGGUUUUUCGGGCUCUUCGCAGAAGACAUAAUUUCUGCUGGUUAUUACAUAUGUCGAUAUCACUCUCCCCCUGUCAUUUAUUCGUCAGCCAUUGCGCGUAUAUCUGUAUUGACUUGCUU